UCAUUUUAAAUAUUAAUGAAAUUUGCGGAGGCUUAAUUAUGAGUCAGCUUUGAGGCAAUUAUCUUUAGAGUUUGCUAUGAUGAAGCGUUCGUGAAGUUGUUUCAGUCUUAUUCCGAAGUUUUUGUGUUAGGUAAAUGCUUUUAACUCAACGACCAUUUAUACGUAACUUUUUACUCUCUCGAAUAGUGCCAAGGUCUUAAAUGCAACUUAUGAGAAUAGAGCACGCCAUCACGAAGGCUGAAGAGAUCGUAACAGAUGGCUAAGUAAAUUCUUCUAGCGCCGUUUGAAGAAAUACGGAAAUUUUUCGGGAGAGAAUUAUGUAGAUCGGUUUAGAAAGGUUGACUGCUGGGAAGUGGCGGCGCCUUGAGGCGAAUAGUCACUCAGAAAACAAUGGGAGUUUCUAGGUGUGUUGAAAUGACAGUAUGCAAAUUUUAACAUCGCUAAAGGUUUGAGUUUCCCAUAACCUGCCGAUUACUUCAUCACACACGAAAGAGAUUUCUUUAGUCGGGAUUUUUUUGUAAGAUUCUUGGUCAUUAAGUUAGAAACUUAUCAUUUUUGCCCCGAAAAUAGACAAAGGUGUCAGAGGUGUCCAUAAAGAAGCCUGCAAGUACUUUUCACGGUUUCCGCUGCUGAACCAAGCGAGGCUGAGGUUUACUGGUAGUGAAGCCAGGUCUUUCAGAUACCACUGUGUUUUCCGGACCAAGAAGUUAGCAUUAUGUCGAUGGCGCAACCGGUGAAUCAGAAAUGGUUCUGGAACCUCAUGCUGCUCUUUAUUUUGGUGCUUCCAACGGUGGGACAGUUCACGCUGCCAUUCCUUUAUAUGCCAAUAAAACGCCUGCUGAAGAGUGAGUUAGCAGAUAAACCUAAGUAUAAAAAAGUUACCACUGAAGACAUAAGGAAGCUUGCUGACUUGUCCUUAGAGAAAACAUAUUCUAAAGAUAUGAGAUCAAUUUUAGAUGAAAUCCCUGGUGAAUUUUAUCGAUCGACAUUUACAGUUGAUAAUUUAUUGAACCUUGACCAUCAGUGGUCCUUUGAAAUCCCAUUCGAAGAUUUGAACAGCUCUAUUUCUACUGAAAGCGUCGCAUUGAAAAUGACGCCAGCAGAUUUUCAACAGGAACUCCUGAGAUUUACGAGCGAAAAAUUUCUUUUUUCUGUUCAUGAUGUUUCAUCACGACUGGGUAUUCCUACUGUCAAUCUUUCGCAAUCGUACGAUCCAGGAGAGUGGGAGACUGUAGUGCAUGCAAUGAUAGCGGAGAGUUCUCUGGCAUUCAGUGACAAACUCCAACUCCCAUCAGUGGAUGCCUUAGCAAACCUGGUGCAAAUAGGAACCCAGGAACUACUAAAUCUUAACCUUAGCACAUUUGAGGGCUUCGUAUUUCCUUUCCCUCCAAAGAAGGCAAUUCUUGACGCAAAUACGACGUCCACGAUUUUCAAUUCUUCAGGUAUCUCGGGGGCUUUGUAUCCUGAGAGUACUUUAUCAGAAGCCCUAAAAAAUGAGAACAUAUUACUUUCACCGCAACAGUUCGGUAUUUUGUACAACAUGAGCGAAGGGCAAAUCAAGACUCUGGACCGAUCCACUCUGAAACAGAUACAUGACAUGUGCAUGAUUCCUAUUGAGGACAUUCUAAACAAGACAUUGCCGGAUGCCUCCCGGAAUGUUUUUGGAUCAGUUGAUCAUCCAUCUGCUUGCCCAAUAUUAAUCAAGAUAAAAGGGAAUUCGAUUUCCUCCCUUCAAACAAAUCUAGGGAUCAUUUCCGAGCAGAUGACUGUGCUAAGACUUCUCACAUCAGUUGCCAAUCUAUCGUGGCAUGCUGUUCGCUGGUCAGUAGAUGCUUCUUUAUCAGACUGGGAGAUUCUAGAUGCUGUAACAUUCCCACUGCUUGGUGAAAUCUCAGGACAUGGAGUAGAAAGCUUGCAAAACAAUUCUGUAAGCGAGUCAGUCAAACUCGUAUUUUCCCUCAAGGAUAAUGGCACUCUUGACAACAUUACGGAGAGCUAUCGUGCAUUCACUACAGGCGUGCUGAUUGAGACAUUCAAUCUAACAUUAAACGAGGUGGCUACGCUAACAGGAAUGGCUGAUGGUUCUUUGAUGAACGUUUCGUCCGCUAUUCUGUUCCAAACCUUUUUCAAUGCAACAGUUGUCUACUUCAAGCUGAAUUCAAGUGAAGUUAUAAAGGCUCUGCAGAUGACAGAGGAAGAGCUCUACUACUUGCCAAGACAAGAAUGGAAUGACACGAUUUCUGUCAUAAUUGAUGCUGUAGUUAAGGUCGAGGCCACAAAGUUACAAAUGUCAGUCGCAAACCUGUUUCAGUUGAUAGGUUAUAACUCUAAUGGGCUUAGCAUUUCUCAGCUGAAGAAGCUUAUUGAAACUCGUUUUCAAGAGGUUAAAGAGAAAAAAGCCAAGUUUGAGAGCGAUCCUUUGAGCUGGUAUUUAGCCAACAAUUCUAUCCCAGAUGCUGAUUAUUUGAAUACGUCGAUUCAUACCUUGUUAUCCGGAAGUGGUUUCACAGAUGCAGAACUGAAACUCAUUUACGAUCUCAAACCUGCUCAACUGUUCAUCCUCGAAGGAUUGCGGUUUAGCGACCUGCCCCGUGUUUGUCAGUUUGAURCCUCUGCCGCUAAGGAGAAAACACUCCAUAACAUUACAAAAGAGCUAGUUGGAAUAAGAGAAUCUCCAGUUUUGUGUGUAACUACAAGAUUUUAUGUGGAUUCAAGACAAAGGAGCAUGUCUUACUUGCAAACAGCUUUCACUAUCAUUGAAAACUCGACCGUUUCAUUUGUGAAUCUUGUUGAAAUGGUGACAAGACUUCCAUGGCGGGAAAAUGUGUGGGCUUUCGGUUUAAAGAUGGAAGACUGGACAGCGCUUUAUGUUCUUAAUCAAGAAGCUUUUAGAAACGUCACCGGUUCUAGCUUGGAUGAGUUUCUGUCCAAAACACUCUUGGAGGUAUUUCAAGGGUGUUUACAGCUUCAGAGGGACAAUAACACAGGUUUUCGCAUGAGAGAAAGCCAAAGUAAGGGACCAACCUUGGACAUUCUUUACGAACUGUUCAACACAAAUGGAAAUGAACUUAUUCGGUUUGGAGGUAUGACCAAAGCGGAUUUUGACGAGCUGUCUCCCUUUGCAGUGGUUCCACUGGUGUACAAAUAUGUGGAAGCGAAGUUCAGCGUGCCAUUAGAAACACUAGAAGCAUCGCUGAAAUUGCAGCCCGGAAAUCUCAACAAGCUUGCACCAACCGAAUGGAAAGAGGUGAUACCUUUUGUGAAAGAAGAAGUUAUUCGAAGCGGUCAACAGCAGCUUCAUGUUAGUCUGUUAAAUUUCGCAAAGCUUCAAAAAGAAACAGUGAUGAGUCUCCAGAACUUAACAUUGCCGCAGUUGGAAUCCAAGUGGGACACCAUUUUGACAAGGCUUAUGAUUGGUAAAAUGGCCAUGGACAAUGAGUCAUUGCUGUAUAUCAUGACGUCUACUGGGCUUACAAAUGAGUCGACAGAAAAGCUGACCGUAUUGAAUUUUAUUGAAAACAGGAUAAACCUCACAAAGUUAGAACUAUUACUACUCUAUAACUUCAGCUCCAUCGGAAUCGAAGCACUCGGAAACUACACCUUCAAGGAAGUUUCUCAAUAUUGUCAAAUAAGUGAGGAUGAUCUUUAUAAUAAAAGGCCACAUGACAUCGUGGUCUCGCUUCUGGGACAUAUUAACGAUAUGACAUGCCCUAAAGUUGCUUCACUUGUUGCUGCUGCGACAACUACUGUCAAUGAAUUGGCUGCAAAAUCAAACUUUAAUGUACAAGAUGAUGUCAGUUUAUUGAUGUUGUUUGAAGAUCAAUUUCAACUACCCUGGCCAAAGAUUGCAUGGGCUGUGAAUGCCUCGUUACCCGACUGGCCCGUACUUGGUGCAAUAUCUCUGUCCAAUAUCUCCACCCUAUUAUCAGAGAACACGGAAACCUUGAAGCGUCAAAAAUCGUUCAGGGAAAUUACUAGUCAGCUUUUGGCCCUCUCACCAAAUUCCUCUAGUAAACUCGUACAUGACUACCGUGAAAGGCUAGUCAGUAAAGCAUCCAGUCUGUUUAACGUCAACUCGACUAAGUUGUGCGAAAACUGCAGCAUCAUUAACUUACUGUGGAAUUCGCUCACACAGCUCAGUUUCAAAACUGAUUUUGAUCUUCAUAAUCUUCCACAUGAACUGAAGGUUUCUCCAUAUGAGUUCAACUUAACUCUUCCAUCGCAGUGGUCACUGAUAGUAUUUCCAAUAGUAAAAGGAGCCUACGCGAGAGCUGCUCAGUCACUUGAGAUGUCCCCUGAUCGUUUGUCAAUCCUCCUGGAUAUUCAACCUUCAGCUAUCGAAAAUAUGACUGUCAGAGAAUUCCAUGAUGUCUCGGAGCAGUCUAUUCAGCCUUUAAUUUCUGCCAGGACUGCUUUGACGGAAUCUCCAUUGAUAAACCUCAUAACUGCUGGUGGAAAGAAUUUCUCAGCCCUGAAAAACAACGGUUUAUUUGAUCUCAUCAACUCGCUUGUUAAUAUUCCUAUUCAGAAUCUUACCUUUAUCUUCAACUGGACGGCAGAACAGCAGGCCAUACUCAAGAAUUACACUCUGGAUGAUAUGAUUUAUUACAGGGGAGUGAAAGUGGGAAAUGAAACCCUCCUUUCUUUGGCCAAUUUUGUCUUGAGGGAAAAUCUCCCCCCACGCACCCCAACGCCACCAACGUUACCCCCGUGUAAAAGAGGAUUGACCAGAGAAGAGAACAACGCAAAAUGCACAGAUAUCCACGAGUGCAGCCCUGGAAUGUGUGGCGAAGACAGUCAAUGUCAGGACUAUCAUGGUGGUUUUGACUGUGAAUGCAAAGUUCCUGGUCAUUUUAAAGCCAGAUUCAAUGAGUCAUGCAAACCUUCUAAGACAUUUAGAGGCACUCUGACCAUAACAAACAAAGUGUUUGGGUCAUCCCUCAAGAACAAAACAACCGGGGAUUUCUUCGAUUUCAAGGAAGAAUUUGAAACCACGGUGAACCAAGAAUUUAAGAAAACAUCAUUGAACCAAUACUACUACGGCUGUAGAGUCAACAACUUCAGGAGUGGUAGUGUCAUCGUCGACUUUCUGAUCUUUACAAGUCCAGAGUUUCCUGGGUCGUUGCAGGAUUUACAAGAUGCUCUGGCAUCACGAUUCAAUAAUUCAAAUCUCGGCACCUUGGAAGUCAAAAAUCCUGAAAUUGAAGAUUUUGACGAGUGUGCAGAUCACAGGGAUGACUGCGGCCAACAUUCAAGUUGCGUGAACACGGAAGGGUCAUUUGACUGUAAAUGCAAUGAUGGCUACGAUGGGGAUGGUCGAAAGUGUGAAGCGGGAUUUUUCAAGACCAUGUGGUGGACUGUCAUCGUUGCAGCAUUCCUUCUUCUGAUAGUGGUCAUCAUUGUGGUGUGUUUCGUGGUAAAGAGACCCAAACCCUCUGGAAGAUAUGGUCUAGAAACAGAUGACUCUCUUUCAAACAAGCCCUACAGACGAAACAGCAAAAUAACGUACCGUAAUGGUGACGUUUAUUACAAGGAUAAAGAAGGGAAACUGCGGCAGGGAACUGCGCAUAGCUCUACCUCCCAGGAGAAUGGGAGAUCCUACCCACCACAUUAUGUUGAUGAGGAGGAGGACGACAACAAAAACUUUGAGCCAAGUGGCCGGAUGAGAGCUAAAACGCCGUUUGAGGCAGCAGUUGAAAAGAACUCCAGAAAUGGAAACAUCUAUGAGCAGAAGAACGAGUUGCAGUUGUCUGAACUGCCUUCUAGCGGGGCCAAUGGAGGAGCACCGUCCUCUGUUGAAAACUGACAAUAAAUUAAAAAGAGAGAAAAAAAGAACUAACACUGUUAAUAUUAUGCUAAGAGUAGCUAAAGUAAGCUCAAUAAGCAGCCAGAAACGCCAGAAGGCCGAAGAAGGUGUUAGGGAAGGAGGACUCUAGAAACGAAGAACAAAGUGAAAGCAGUGCUGACAAGUUUUAUUCGAGUCGAAUACGUCUUAUAGGCGUGCGCACCUUGGUAAAAUAAACCCCUUGGAUUUUACUGUGUAAAGCCCCGUCUACACGAGCAAUUUUUAUGUGGCAACUGUUUGUGGCAACUUUUAUUUGCCCGUGUAGAUAGCGCGAC